AUGGAGAGUGGUAGUGUGUAUGAAAAUGCCAGAGCCUAUUCAUACAUGGCGUGCUCUCUUUUGAAGCUCUUCACUCGGUCUGUUCAGAAUUAUUCCAACUCCCUCAAUCACACAAGGUUUUCUACAUCUGAAUUCUUCAAGUUCACUCUAUACAGAUUUCUUUACAACGCUAACACAAGCGAAAGAGUAAGCCCAGUGCAGAGCUUUCUUUACGACAAACACUUGGCAUACACUGGUAUGCAUUCUGUUCCUUUUGCGUUUACGAUCUGUGAGACCUUCCGAUGUACUCCUUUCCGAUUACUCUCAACAGUGUAUGCAACGAGAUUUGAACAAGAGAUAGAAGCUCUGCACUGCAUCUUCGACAUGGUAGACCGAGCAGAUGAUAAGUAUAAGAGACAGAUGUGGAAGUAUGCACGAAUCUUCGGCACUAGUUUUUUCUCUGCUUUGCAAACAAAAAAAUGUCCCAAGUUUGCAUUUAUCUUAGCAUCCAUACUGAAGCGAGAAAAUCCUGCAGCCAACUCCCAUAUCUUAGAGAUUAAACAGUUUGAAGAAAUCCCUGUUGAGGGUAGACAAAAAAUAGAGGAUGGGUGUAAGGUCCUGGUACAAGUUCUCAGGAAGGAGAGGCCACUUCUUCUGUCUCUAAAUAAGUUUUAUGUUUCUGUCUCUAUUAGUUACAGUUUCAGAGGAGACUUUAUUAGUUAAUUCCGGUUGGAUGUUACUUUUAAAUAUUUGGUUUUCCCUUUCCUUAUAUUUUCGUAAUGCAUAUUUUGUCUUUAUGUCAUUUGUGUUGGUUUUCAUGAUGGCCUCUGAUUAUAUUGUUGAAUUAUUAAAUCCUAAGGUAGAAAACAACUGUCAAACAGAGAAUUUUUGUGGCUAUAAUGCA